UCCAGCCCGAAGGGGAACCUGAUUCGUAGCUCCGCAGGUGAUUGUCACAGACAGAGGAGAGCUGAGCGCGGAGCGGCGACAAUGGCGGGCGCGGGUGGUGCUGGAGGAAAAGUAUCGUUCAAAGUGACCCUGACCUCCGAUCCCAAGCUCCCUUUCAAAGUGUUUAGCGUCCCGGAGGCGGCCCCGUUCACGGCAGUGCUGAAAUUCGCGGCCGAGGAGUUCAAGGUGCCUCCCCAGACCAGCGCGAUCAUCACUAACGAUGGAGUGGGAAUCAACCCUCAGCAAAGUGCCGGCAACGUAUUCUUGAAACAUGGUUCCGAGCUCCGCCUCAUUCCCCGUGACAGAGUCGGAAGCGCAUGAGAAUUGUCCCUGCAAUAGUUCCUUCACAGUAUCGUCGUCAAACGACUCUUACUUCUAGUCUGUUAAAGUGUUCCCAGUAAUAUAUCGGACGACAUGAAUGAAACUGAUGUGAACAACAGUUUGGAGAAGUGAAUAAAUGGAAAGGCGGAUAGAUAGAGGUGUGGGGGUCACCGAAUUAUUUAUUUAUUUAUUACGUGAUAAAUUAA